GUUAGAAAGCUAUGAAACUCUGAGACCAAAACUCUCACUCGCUUCUCUCUGUUCUUAGGGUUUAAGGGAAGAAGAAGAUGGGAACUUUUCGGCGACAGCUGAAGGCUAUGCUUCGGAAGAAUUGGCUUCUGAAGAUUCGUCACCCUUUUGUUACUUGUUGUGAGAUUUUACUUCCUACUCUAGUCAUGCUGAUGCUGAUCGGUAUUAGAACAAGAGUUGAUACGCAAAUUCACCCGGCACAACCGUACAUUCGGAAAGGGAUGUUUGUGGAAGUGGGUAAAUCUGAUGUUUCUCCUAAUUUCCAACGGAUUCUCGAAUUAUUGUUGGCUAAGGGUGAAUAUCUGGCAUUUGCACCGGAUACAGAGGAGACAAGGAUGAUGCUUGACAUAAUAUCUCUAAGAUUUCCUCUUUUGAAGGUGGUUGCAAAAGUUUACAAAGAUGAGCCAGAGCUGGAAGAUUACAUACGUUCAGAUAUUUAUGGUACUUGCAGUAUGUCAAAGAAUUGUUCAACUCCCAAAAUCAAAGGAGCGAUAGUAUUUCACGAACAAGGUCCUCAGCUGUUUGACUAUAGCAUACGUCUAAACCACUCAUGGGCCUUUUCAGGAUUUCCUGAUGUGAAAACCAUCAUGGAUGUAAAUGGCCCUUAUCUCAAUGACUUGGAAUUGGGUGUUACGAGUGUACCAACUCUACAGUAUGGCUUCAGCGGAUUUCUGACUCUGCAACAGUUGGUGGAUUCUUUCAUAAUUUUUGUCAGCCAGCAAAAUCUAACUGACCUGGCUGUGAAAGACAAUGAAUUACCUCCAUUCCAUUCAUUUGAAAGUUCCUCUACUGUCAACCUUCCCUGGACGCAUUUCAGUCCAUCAAACAUAAGGAUUGCACCAUUUCCUACUCGUGAAUUCACUGAUGAUGAGUUCCAGUCUAUCAUCAAGAGAGUCAUGGGAGUACUGUAUCUGCUGGGAUUUCUCUACCCUAUUUCUCGUCUGAUCAGCUAUUCCGUGUUCGAGAAGGAGCAGAAGAUUAAGGAAGGCCUUUACAUGAUGGGUUUGAAAGAUGAAAUAUUCUACCUUUCUUGGUUCAUUACAUACUGCAUACAGUUUGCAGUAUCUUCUGGAAUCAUCACAGCCUGCACGAUGGGGAGUCUUUUUAAGUAUAGCGAUAAAUCCUUGGUGUUCGUUUAUUUCUUUUUGUUUGGAAUCAGUGCAAUCAUGCUUUCCUUUUUGAUAUCUACCUUCUUUUCACGAGCAAAAACAGCAGUUGCGGUUGGCACUCUUUCUUUCCUUGGAGCCUUCUUUCCUUAUUACACAGUCAAUGACUCAGAUGUUCCUAUGAUAUUAAAGGUCGCAGCUUCUUUGCUUUCACCGACGGCUUUUGCUCUUGGGACAGUUAAUUUUGCUGAUUAUGAGCGUGCUCAUGUUGGAGUUCGUUGGAGCAACAUAUGGCGGGCAUCAUCUGGAGUGAACUUUUUGGUGUGUCUCCUCAUGAUGUUGCUUGACUCUCUGUUGUACUGUGCAAUUGGUCUGUACUUGGACAAGGUCCUUCCUAGGGAAAAUGGAGUACGUUAUCCAUGGAACUUUUUAUUUAAGAAGUGCUUCUGGCAAAAGAAAAGUGGUGUUCAAGUUCAUGCUCUAGGUCAUAGAGUUAAAACUAAAGACAAGGCAUGCAAAAGUGGGGUCAUUUUUGGGGGUAAUGGUGUUUCUGAACCUGCGGUUGAAGCUGUAAGCUUGGAUAUGAAGCAACAGGAGCUUGAUGGGAGGUGUAUCCAGAUCAGGAAUCUGCAUAAGGUGCAUGCUACUAAAAAGGGGAAAUGUUGUGCUGUAAACUCACUACAGCUUACCCUCUAUGAAAAUCAGAUUCUUGCUCUUUUAGGGCACAACGGAGCUGGUAAAAGCACUACAAUAUCUAUGCUUGUUGGCCUCCUUCCACCUACUUCUGGGGAUGCUCUGGUGUUUGGGAAAAAUAUUUUAAUUGAUAUGGAUGAGAUUCGGAAGGGAUUGGGUGUAUGCCCACAAAAUGAUAUCCUCCUUCCUGAACUAACUGUUAAGGAGCAUUUGGAAAUUUUUGCAAUAUUGAAGGGUGUAAAGGAAGAGAUGUUGGAGAGCAUUGUGACUGACAUGGUUGACGAAGUGGGUUUGGCAGAUAAAGUUAACACUGUUGUUAGUGCACUCUCUGGUGGAAUGAAGAGGAAAUUAUCUCUUGGAAUUGCACUUGUAGGAAAUAGUAAGGUUAUCAUUCUUGAUGAACCUACAAGUGGAAUGGAUCCAUAUUCCAUGCGAUCAACAUGGCAAUUAAUCAAAAAGAUCAAGAAGGGUAGGAUAAUACUAUUAACAACACACUCGAUGGAUGAAGCUGACAUCUUAGGAGAUCGAAUAGCCAUUAUGGCAAAUGGUUCUUUGAGAUGCUGUGGAAGUUCUCUUUUCUUGAAGCACCUGUAUGGUGUUGGCUAUACUCUUACUUUGGUGAAGAGUGCACCUAGUGCUUCUGUAGCUGCUGACAUUAUUCAUCGUCAUGUUCCUUCUGCAACGCGCUUGAGUGAUGUUGGUACAGAAAUUUCAUUCAGACUUCCUCUAGCAUCUUCAUCCUCCUUCGAGAGUAUGUUCCGGGAAAUUGAAAGUUGCAUGAGAAGAUCAGUCAAACUCUCUGGAACAAGGGCUAGUGAAGAGGAUCAUCUAGGGAUUGAGAGUUAUGGUAUCUCUGUUACAACGCUGGAGGAGGUUUUCUUGAGAGUUGCAGGAUGUGACUUCGACAAAACUGAGCAUAUUGAACCAAACAAAGCUUUUGCUUUUUCCGAGUCUGUUGUUACGGAAGCUUCUCUUCCUUAUUCUCCAACUAAAAUUUCAAAUUCCAAGCAAAUAUAUGGAAAUUUUCAGAAGGUUCCUGGCGCGAUAUGCACUGCAUUUGUGAGAGCUUGUUGUUUGAUUCUUGCUAUGGUCUGUAACUUCAUAAGGUUCUUAAGUAUCCGCUGCUUUGGCUCUUGUUUCAUCAUGAGGUCUACAUUUUUGAGACAUUGCAAAGCUCUUCUUGUGAAGAGGGCUAUAUCAGCUGGGAGGGACCGUAGAACAGUUGCUUUUCAGCUUUUAAUUCCUGCUGUUUUCUUGCUCUUUGGUCUCCUUUUCCUAAAGCUAAAGUCACAUCCUGAUCAGCAGUCUGUGACUCUGACUACUUCGAACUUCAAUCCCUUAUUACGAGGUGGGGGUGGUGGUGGUCCAAUUCCUUUUGAUCUAUUCUGUCCUAUCUCAAAAGAGGUUGCACCAUAUAUAAAGGGAGGCUGGAUUCAAAGGUUUGAACUUAGUUCAUAUAGAUUCCCCAAUUCAGAGAGUGCACUAGCUGAUGCUAUUGAAGCAGCAGGGCCAAGAUUGGGCCCAGUUCUUAUUUCCAUGAGUGAAUUUCUAAUGAGCAGUUUGAAUGAAUCAUACCAGUCAAGGUAUGGAGCAAUUGUAAUGGAUGACCAGAAUGAUGAUGGGAGCUUAGGAUACACUGUACUUCAUAACAGUUCAUGUCAACAUGCUGGUCCGACUUAUAUCAAUGUAAUAAAUGCUGCAAUUCUAAGGUUUGCAACACAUAAUGAAAGAAUGAUGAUUCAGACACGUAACCAUCCACUGCCAAUGACAAUGAGUCAGCAUUCACAGCAUCAUGAUCUGGAUGCUUUCUCUGCUGCAAUUAUUGUUUGCCUUGCUUUCUCCUUCAUCCCUGCUUCAUUCGCAGUUUCGAUUGUAAAGGAACGUGAAGUAAAAGCAAAACACCAGCAGCUGAUUAGUGGGGUGUCUAUAUUGUCAUAUUGGAUUUCCACAUACAUAUGGGACUUUGUCAGCUUCUUGGUACCUUCAGCUUUUGCAAUAAUUCUUUUUUACUUAUUUGGUCUGGAACAAUUUAUAGGAGGUGGUUGUUUCUUGCCGACCAUAACCAUAUUUUUGGAGUAUGGUUUAGCGGUUGCAGCAUCAACAUAUUGCCUCACUUUCUUCUUUUCUGACCACUCUAUGGCCCAGAAUGUGGUUCUCUUGCUACACUUAUUCACCGGCCUCAUACUCAUGGUUAUUUCAUUCGUUAUGGGGCUUAUACCAGCAACUAAAAAUGCAAAUUUGCUUCUCAAGAAUUUUUUCAGAUUAUCACCAGGAUUCUGCUUUGCGGAUGGUCUUGCUUCAUUGGCUCUUCGACGACAAGGGAUGAAACUUGAAUCCAGUGAUAGGAUCCUUGGCUGGAACAUUACUGGUGCUUCAAUCUGUUAUCUAGGUCUUGAGAGUAUUGUUUACUUCAUUUUUGCAAUUGGCCUUGAAGUAUUGCCUCCAGACAAGUUAACCCCAGUCCUAGUGAACUGGUGGAGGGCUCUAAGGAAUCUCAAACUGAAGGAUUCCCACAGUUUUAUGGAACCCUUACUGAAGUCUUCCUGUGAAGGUCUUACCUUCGAAGCUGAUGAAGAUAUAGAUGUGCAGGCAGAGAGACACAGGGUACUUUCUGGUUCAGCUGAUAAUUCCAUAAUCUACCUGCGUAAUCUCCAAAAGAUCUAUCCUGGAGGGAUGAAUCAAGGUACAAAGGUGGCUGUUCAUUCUCUUUCUUUUUCUGUUCAAGAAGGAGAAUGCUUUGGCUUUCUGGGAACAAAUGGAGCAGGGAAGACUACAACCCUAUCAAUGUUAACUGGGGAAGAGUGCCCAACUGAUGGAACUGCGUAUAUUUUUGGCAAUGAUAUUUGUUCACAACCCAAAGCUGCUCGGCGACAUAUUGGUUACUGCCCGCAAUUUGAUGCUCUUCUAGAAUUCCUAACUGCCAGAGAGCACCUUGAGCUUUAUGCAAGAAUUAAAGGAGUCCCAGAAAACAUGAUGAAAGAAGUUGUCAUAGAAAAGUUGGUGGAGUUUGACUUAUUGAAGCAUGCUGAUAAGCCAUCUUUUUCUCUUAGUGGGGGAAACAAGCGCAAACUGUCUGUUGCUAUUGCAAUGAUUGGAGAUCCCCCAAUAGUUAUUCUUGAUGAACCAUCUACAGGUAUGGAUCCUAUUGCCAAAAGAUUCAUGUGGGAAGUUAUAUCCCAGCUAUCAACCAGACUUGGAAAAACGGCUGUAAUUCUAACUACUCAUAGUAUGAAUGAAGCUCAAGCUCUAUGCACGCGUAUUGGGAUAAUGGUUGGAGGCCGGCUUAGGUGCAUUGGAAGCCCCCAGCACCUGAAAACUCGUUAUGGGAAUCAUCUUGAACUUGAGGUUAAGCCCACAGAAGUCAGCCCUACAGAGUUGAACAAAAUGUGCCGAAGUAUUCAAGAGAGAAUUUUUGAAUUCCGAUGUCAUUCAAGAAGCAUACUCAGUGAUCUUGAAGUUUGCAUAGGAGGAACCGACUCCAUCACUUUAGACGAUGAGUCUGCGGCAGAGAUAAGCUUGACUCAGGAAAUGAUUAUGAUUAUUGGGCACUGGCUUGGUAAUGAAGAAAGAAUUAGGGCACUUAUAUCUUGUACAGAUAUCAAUGAUGGCGUGUUUGGUGAACAGUUGUCAGAGCAGCUGUUUCGUGAUGGUGGUAUCCCGUUACCAAUAUUUUCAGAGUGGUGGUUGGCCAAAGAAAAGUUCUCUAAAAUUGAUUCAUUUAUUUUAACAUCAUUUCCAGGAGCCACUUGUCAGGGGUGCAAUGGUUUAAGUGUUAAAUAUCAGAUGGGUUCUGUUACAAUCAAUUUCACUGUUACUCAGUUACAGUAG